AUGAGUGGUGAGACCAAGACUACGCCUAUCGUUAAGGCGUCCGACAUAACGGAUGAAUUGAAAGAGGAUAUUUUGUCCAUCAGUGAAGAUGCCCUGGACAAGUACCAGUUAGAGAGAGAUAUUGCCGGGACAGUAAAGAAACAGCUGGAUGUCAAGUACGGCAAUACCUGGCAUGUGAUCGUCGGAAAAAACUUCGGCAGCUACGUUACUCACGAAAAGGGCCAUUUUGUCUACUUCUACAUCGGUUCACUGGCGUUUCUAGUUUUUAAAACCGCAUAA